GUCCUCUCACAAGCAGCUACUACAGCAAACACCAAGACUUCUCUUUCUCCCUUUUGCUUCUUGUUCAUCCUGCCUGUGGCAGAUCACAUUCUUUACAAUCACUGCGCGCUGCUGAAGAACCAGAUUCGACAAUCUACCGCUCUUCUUCAUAUCAAACUCGCUUCGCUCAGCACAUUUCAGAUAACCAGAAACCCAUUCGUUCCAUCGCUCAGCUGGUCUAGCGAUUUCCAACAAAGAAUAGCCUUUUCUCACACCAUUCUUUCAAACAUCAACAUGUUCUCCAAAGCUACCCUUCUCAUGGCGCUUGCCGCCAGCGCCUCCGCCCACAUGAGGAUGGACAACCCAAAGCCUUUCGCCUUCGACACCCUCAACAGCUCCCCCUUGGCACCAGCCGACUUUCCUUGCAAGCAACGUCCUGGCAUGUACGAUAUCACCGAGAUGAACCAGUGGAACGCCGGUGAGACUCAGGUGGUUUCUUUCCUGGGCUCCGCUGUCCACGGCGGUGGUUCGUGCCAGUUUUCCAUCACAACCGAUCAAGAACCAUCUCUUUCUUCUCAAUGGAAGGUCAUUGAGAGCGUUGUUGGUGGUUGCCCAUCCAACGUCAGCGGCAACCUGCCAGAUAACCCAGAUGGCAUUGGGGCGGCCACCUUCCCAGUCAAGAUGCCAGAAGACAUCCCCGAUGGCCGUUACACUUUCGCAUGGACUUGGCUCAACAAGGUCGGAAACCGCGAGUUCUACAUGAACUGUGCUCCCAUUCAGGUCGGAAAUGGCGCUAGCAAGGCUUCCACUGCCAGUGCUUCUCAGGCUCUCUCGUCUCUACCAGACAUGUUCGUUGCCAACUUACCCCCAACCGAGUGCAGCACUGCGGAAGACCAAGACUUUGUCUACCCAGACCCAGGCAAGAACCUCGUCGAGGGCAACGGCGCUGCACUGGGCCACACCCUGACCGGUUCUGGAUGUGCUAAGAUGAACAAGAUGGGUGCUGGUAACGGCGAGAUUGGAACCCCCACUGAGCCUGAGGCGUCUCAACCUGCAGGAAACGAGACCCCUGCUGCCAGCUCCCCUGCUGCCAGCUCCCCUGCUGCCAGUUCUCCAUUGGCUUCCAUUCCUGCCAACAACGGUGGUAUCUUCGCUCCUGGUGCCUCUCCAGCUCCUACGCCCACGUCCAUUCCCAUCGUCUCCAACCCUCAACAACCUGCCCAAACCGCUCAGCCACCCACCCAAACCGCUCCCCAGGCGCCUGCCCUCAGCUCUGCCCCAGAGACUCCCGAAAACGGCACAAACACACCCUCUGGCAAUGCUGACUGCACUCCCUGCGACAACGAUGGUGCAGUCGUCUGCAUUGGCACCAGCCAGUUCGGUCUCUGCAACCACGGAUGUGCGGUUGCUCAGCCCCUGGCAAACGGCAUGUCUUGCACUGGUGGCGCUGUCGUUGCCUCGGUCAAGAAGCGAUCUCUCCACUUCCCUCGCGCUCAUCUUCACCGCCGCCACGGAGCCUCUCACCUCAUCUAAGCGUCACGGCUCAUGCGCCUAUCAGGCGCGCAAGACGUUCCUAUAUACCCAAUUCAGCCGUUGGCUACGAAACGCAUCUUUUGGAGUUGGGAAAUACGGACAGGGACAUGUACGGCAUGGUAUGGAUUGGGAGGGCUUUUGGGUCUUGGUGUUCAUAUCUCCAGUCACAUGCAGCAGACACCACUUGGGUCUUGCUCGUGACAUUUCUUCUUCUUUGUGGUCUACUUUUUUUUACGUUCUUUCUUUCAUGCUCAGCUCUUGACCCGGCUGACAUGCCUUGUUUUUUUUUUCUUUAUCGACGAAAGAGAAGUCUUGUGCUAGGUCUCGUGACUACGAGCGCUGCAUACACACUAUCUGUUGUACAACACUCAAUGAUAACGCUCAUUUUUACUC